AUGGCUUCUCUUAGAUUUGUCCGCUCGGUCUGGGAGUCCUUCCGAGCUACCUCGGGUCUGGAGCCUCGGCUAUUGGAUAAUCUCCGUGUUACAGCCGCCAGGCCCGGUGUGGUCAACUUUGAGCUGGAUAUUCAGAAGCAGCAUACAAACCGUCUGAAUAUCCUCCAUGGAGGCACCAUUGCAAGCAUGGUCGACCUCGGAGGUUCGUUGGCUGUGGCAUCUCGCGGCUUGUUCGCGACAGGUGUGUCAACAGACCUGAAUGUCACAUACUUAAACUCAGGUGGCAAAGUUGGUGACCGAAUCCUGGCCGUAUGUCUUUCUCUGUCUAUCCCUCACAGUAUUACCAAACGGCCGCGUUUAGUUGGCAAGACCCUUGCUUUCACGAACAUCAAGUUCACGGACCCCAACGGACAUAUCGUUGCCCGUGGGAGCCACACAAAGUACGUGACCCAGGCUUGGAAGGAUCCCAAUAAUAUUGUGGAGGAAAUGAACAAGCUCAAGGACCAAUGA